ACAGGUUUACUUUAGUAAUUAUUAUUUUUAAACGAGAAAAAAAAAGUUAUUUGGCGCGGAGGAGCUCAAAUGGUUCUCGGAUGGAGAUCAUUUGCUUCAGCAAGAUGAAACAAUGGAGAAUCCACACUUUAUUUCGCUGGCUUCUGUGUGUCGGUGUUUUGCCGACUGUUACCCAGAAUCUGAAAACUUGUUGCCAGCUGUUUGGGGAUUUUACUGUCAUCAUAAUCCCGCAGACCUUCUUUGCAUCCAGCUCAGAGGCUUUACUGAAACAGGACUCAGGGUUAACAUCUGCUUGUGGGUGUGCUCAUGGAAAAUAUGCUCAGAAGCUCCUAAAGGAUUUAUUCCCAAACUACACUAGUGCGCUGAGGCCAGUAGAGGACACAAACAACAUCCUGAAUGUGACUCUGCAGGUUACACUGUCCCAGAUAAUCGACAUGGAUGAGCGAAACCAAAUUUUAACUGCAUAUUUAUGGAUACGGCAAGUGUGGUUUGAUGCACACCUCAAAUGGAAUAAAGGCGAUUAUGAUGGCCUUGAUACCAUCCGCAUACCGGGUAGUUAUGUAUGGAGACCUGAUAUAGUCCUCUAUAACAGUGCAGACGAUCAUUUCACUGGCCCCAUGGACACCAAUGUGGUGAUCCGACAUGAUGGGCAUAUAAUGUGGGAUUCCCCAGCAAUCACCAAGAGCUCGUGCAAAGUGGAUGUGUCUUUCUUCCCGUUUGAUGCUCAGCAAUGCCGGUUCACCUACGGAUCCUGGACCUACAACGGUAACCAGCUCGACAUCCUUAAUGCAAUGGAGAGUGCUGACCUGGCUGACCUGGUGGAGAAUGUGGAGUGGGAGGUGCUCGGUAUGCCGGCAAAGAAGAGCAUUGUUCUUUAUGGUUGCUGUGCUGACCCUUACCCAGAUGUGACCUACACACUGAAACUUAAGAGAAAAGCAUCCUUUUAUGUCUUCAACCUGCUCAUACCAUGUGUGAUGAUUUCUUUUCUGGCACCGCUGGGCUUCUACCUUCCUGCUGAUUCUGGAGAGAAGGUUUCUUUGGGUGUCACAGUGAUGCUGGCACUCACUGUCUUUCAGCUGUUGGUCGCAGAGAUCAUGCCUCCCUCUGAGAAUGUACCACUAAUCGGAAAAUAUUACAUUGCAACAAUGACCAUGAUUACAGCCUCAACUGCUCUGACCAUCUUUGUCAUGAACAUACAUCACUGUGGCCCUGACGCCAAGCCUGUUCCCAAGUGGGCCAAGAAAGUCAUUCUGCAGUACAUGGCUAGAAUGUGCUUUGUUUAUGAAGUUGGAGAGAACUGCAUGUCACCUCAGCCAGAGAAACCGGAGCCGCUUCCUCUACAGAACACCAACUGCACCAUGAAUGGUCAGGCGGGGCCGGGCAGAGAGGAUUAUGUCUUCAGAAUGGAGAGAGGACAAGAAAUAGUGGGCUCAAUGACCACAGAGGAAAAAGAAGACAUGGAUCAGAUACUGUCUCCAAUGGGCUCAAUGGGGAGGAACCCUACAAACAACUACAGCUCUUGGAAGAAUGGCAUUUUCACAAGCAUGGACUGUGGAGACUCUGGGGAUGGGAGGAGGUGCAGGAAGGGAGGAGUGAGUGAUGCAGAGAGAAAAGACAGAGAGGUUUCCUGCAACCCCCAAUGCAAUGAGAGACAGCUGCUGCGUAAUAUAGAGUAUAUAGCCAACUGUCACAGAGAUCAGAGGGCCACGCAGAAAAGGACUGGAGAGUGGAAGAAGGUGGCAAAAGUUUUAGAUCGUUUUUUUAUGUGGAUUUUUUUCAUUAUGGUGUUUUUCAUGAGCCUUCUCGUCAUGGGUAAAACCAUAUAACUGCAGCUCUUGUCAGAAGGUCUAAAGACAGCACAAAAUGUUGUACAAAAGAUUAACACAGGAUAGGAUGGGAAUCGUUCAAUAUCAUCAGAUUCUGUAAAUGCCGCUCAUAUUUCCAGACAUUUUUGACAUGUCACCUCCUGUUGCACACCUAUUUGUGAGUAGAAUUAAAUCUUUGAUAAAAUUGUUAUUUAUGGGUUUUAGAGGUGAGAAAUUUUUCCCCAUUGUUGUGUGAAAGUUACCGCAUUCACCCAAGAAAUGGCAAGUUCUUUGGUAAAUCUAUAUAUACUGCUCAAAAGACUCAAAGGAACACUUUGAAAACACAUCAGAUUUCAAUGGGAAAAAAAAAAUCGUGCAGGAUAUCUAUACUGAUUGCAACUCAAAAUGGUACUCAGCAGUUUGUAUGGCCCCCAUGUGCUUGUAUGCAUGCUUGACAAUGUGGGGGCAUGCGCCUAAUGAGAUUAUGGUGUCCUGCAAUCCCCACCAAAAUCCCAUCAAAGGCAUCACUGAGCUCCUGGACAGUCUGAGGUGCAACCUGGCAGCGUUGGAUGGUCUGAAACAUGAUGUCCCAGAGGUUUUUUUUAACUGGAUUUAGGUCAGGCGAGCGCAGGUUCCAUUCAGGAACUGCCUGCAUACUCUCACCACACGAGGCCGGGCAUUGUCGUACACCAGCAUGAACCCAGGACCCACUCCACCAGCGUACAGUGGAUCAAAGGAUUCAUUCCGGAUACCUAAUGGCAGUCAGGGUGCUGUUGUCUGGGCUGUAGAGGUCUGUGCAUCCCUCCAUGGAAAUGCCUCCUCAGACCAUCACUGACCCACCACAAAC